UUAUUCUACUUCCGGUAUAAACAAGCAAUAUGGCGUCCUCCAUAACGCAAGAAAUUUUGCAAAACAUUGAGUUAAAUUUUAUUGCUGUUUUAAACAGCUUUGCUUUAGAUCUUAAUAAAAUUAGAUCUAAGUCAGGCAUUGUACGCAAGAAAACAAGAGACUUGAAGUCAGGCGACAUCAUUAUUCCAGCUGGAUGCGUUCAACUUGAUAAUGAUAAUCCCUUGCAAGUAGCGGAGAUACGUGAAACAUUAAUAUCCAUGCUUGCUUUUGACAAAAAUUGUAUUCAAAAUGCCAAAUUUGAUGAGUUUAGCUUCUUAGCUAUUUAUUUAGACAGAAGUAAGAUUUUUAAAACAGUCUUCAGUGAGGUUGGCUGUCAAGGAUCAGCUUAUGGAUUUCAAACACCAUCUGGAAGAAAUAUUUUACUUCACGCACCAAAUAAGCUAAAGGGCUGUUCUAUGUUUUUGAGUGAUCUUCGCCUCCUUGUGGUUCAGAGCCAUGUUAUACGACUGUUGGAAGCCAACGGCUAUACAGUCCUACACAAAAAUAAAGUGGAAGAAAUUAGCAGAGACUUAGAUAUUACAGAGUUGCUUGAUAGUACUGAUGACAGUUCACCAGCAGCCACCACUGAAAUCAACAGUAAGCCUCCCAGCUCAUCACAAUUUAUGGAUUCAUUAAAAAAAUUGAGCUUGGACCCCGAUGAGUCAAAGCGUCUGGCUAUUGAACCAGAAGAUGCAUCUGUUUCCACUGAUGAUUGUCAGGCAAAUGCCACAGAUCAACAUGAAGCAUCAUCUAAAAAUUUGAUGCUGAACUUGAAGCGGAUUAUCUACGACAAAGAUUUGCGGGUAGGGAAAGAUGGAUAUAGCAAAAAUAUCAACAAAGUAAAAAUUUUUGAAGAUGGAACUCCUACUCCUCUUUUAAAAGAUGCUUUGAUUGAAAGUGAAGCCGUAACAAGUUUAACACAUGGACAAAUAACCUGCGGAUGUCUGCAUAUUGUGCCUCAAAGUCAGUCCUACAGACAGCAACAGAUUCGUUUGAUUAGAUUAGUACUUCUUGAUCAAAGUUUUUCAGAGAGUCAGAUUGUUGUUGGGUCUGUCAUUCAGAAAGGAAAGACUGUGCCAGACUCUGCUCAAAGUUUCUACAGAGCACGCUACCAGCAAAUGAAGGAAGCAUCAGAGAUGAGAUAUGGUCCUGAUAUUGAUGCCUCAGAGAUUGUGAGACGAGUCAAUUUGUUAACCAGCGCAAGUAUCAAAGUUGAUCUGCUGGGAAAUGAUUCUCAUAAUGAACUUCAUCUAGAGGUUGCUGAAACUGACAGACCAGCAGAGAGCAGGCUUGGUUCGUUCAUUCUCUACAACACGGCCAGAGUGGCAGCUCUAUUGAAUCAGUUUAAUGAAAAAGUCAGUAAAGGUUUUUAUCCCCCAUUACCACCAGUGGAUGAAGUGAAUUUUGCUUUAUUGAGAGAAGAGGAAGAUUGGGAACUUGUAUUUCUAUUUAUAGCAGAGUUUCCCACCAUUGUAAAACAGACUGUUGAAGUUGUGUUCCCUAAGGAUGGCAAAUAUUUAGCCAAAAUACACACCCACAAAAUCACAAAAUUUUUGGAAUCCUUUUGUAAAUGUCUGAGUGCCCAUUACAGUAGAUAUCAUAUAUUGUCUGGUAAUGAGGAGCAUCUACUUCCUGUGAUGUAUGCCAGGUUGUAUCUAAUGCGGUCAGCCCAUAGAGUCUUGUUGAACUGCUUACAUCUUCUGGACAUUGAUGCUUUGUCACAACUUUAAUGACAUCAUUAUCUCCCUUCUCUUUAACUGAAAGUCUUUCCCAUGUGUAAAAUAAAAAAUUUUAAAAAGUUU